AUGCCAGCUUUUGAUUGGGAUCGAAUUUCUAAAGUUACUGAAGCUGCCUUAGAUAUUGAAAAUGCUAACUUUUAUUGUGAUUUACUAGGAGAUGCUGACAUCGACAGCUGGGAAGACUUGGAUCGCAUUAAACAUAUUUUCUAUCUCACACAAGCAGUUCUUAACCUAAAAGCAGAGCAAUGGAAUGUGAUGCAAGAAACAUUUAAUGAAAAAUUAUCAGAAAUUCGCAGUUUGACUCAACAAAAUAAAGAGUUAGAAUCAGAAAAUGCAGAGCUGCAAAAAGCUGCAUCUGGAUCUGGGGCCACUAGAGACAUUAUUCAGGAAAAAAGAGCGUGGAAUAUAGAAAAAGAAAGACUUGAGUCGGAGAUGGAUGGGCUAAAAUUAUAUAUAGAUCAAACUGUUAAAGAACGGGACAAUUUAGCUGGAGAGCGCUCUCAACUCGCGCUUAAAGCACUUGAAGAUGAAAAGAAUCAUCUUUGGCUAGAUGUUUCUCGACUCGAGACGAACCUUAAGCAAGCAAGUGUAGAAAUUGAGCGAGCCACCUCAGAGUACACAAGAAUGAAGGACGCAAUAGCUGAAGCCGAUAGGAUAUAUACUGAAAAGGCUUCAGAAUGUGAUAUUUUACGUGCUCAAAUCGCAAAUUUGUCAGAUCAAAUUUCUAGACCUUCUGAUGUUGAUGAUGAAAUAAUGAAUGCUUUGAACAUGAAGAUAAAUACUCUAAAAGAAAAAUUAGCACAAGCAACACAAGAUCUUGAGAGCACUACUAAUAUCGUUGAAGAGUUAAGACAGGAUAUGGAGAAAUCUGGAAAAGGAUCAUCAGAGAAGCAAGUGGCACGAAUAAAAGAGAUGCAAAGGCAAUUAAAAGAUAAAGAAUCUUUUAUUAAAGAAAUGAAAAGAAGAAUUCAAACGGUGACUAUCAUCUGA